AUGGCCCCAAGCGUCACGCUCCGGGAGGACGCGGCCGCGGUCGAGAAGGAUCCGAGCAGGAAGGCCGAGUAUCAAAAGGGGGAAGUGUUCGGAAAGUUCCGCACCGACGCGUCCAUGGAGUACAUCUUCUUCGACCAUCAGUGGUGGCGGAGGGCAUGGACGGCCCAAGAAAUCGUCCUGGCUAAGCGGGCGCUGCUGGUCAGCGGCCGCUACCAGCAUCCGAUAUUCGGCAACUACUUCGACCCGCCUACCACUCCCUUUUGGGAGGUGCAGGCCAUUCGGAAACAAGCCAAUGCCGUCGCGAAUCCCAAUCCGGCCGACGAGCUGCUCUCAUACCUGCUCCGUACCCGGCACCGUCACGCCACCGACCCUAGAGACAAGCUCUACUCCGCCCUGGGCUUCGCCGACGGCAGGCUCAAGGCCCUGGAGGUCGUGCCCGACGAUCGAUUGCCUCACCGGGACGUCUAUCGAGACGUGACGAGAAGGUUGAUCGAGGUGUCGGGAAAUCUCGACGUGCUCGGUCUAUGCUUCCCCUUCAAGAAACCCAGCACCUCGGGACUGCCCUCCUGGGUCCCAGACUGGGGGCCGGCUGAGAGGAUCGCCCAGCCGCUCAUGUCGGAUGCUCAUGGCAACCCUCGGAAGACGCAUGCCCUUGCCUCCGUCCAGCACCACUACGACGACGUGAAGUGGGACGACGACUUCAACUUUGACGACUGGGACGGCGACCCUUGGUAUUAA